CCCCAGCUGUGGGCGGUGUCUUUUUCGUGGUUCCGCGGAUUUUGUUCUUCGCCAGGAACCACUUCAACUCACAUAUCCCCCUCCUAUUUGUCUCGCCAUGGCGUCUACUCUACGAUUGCCGGUGGCUGUGCCACGCAAUAUCUCCCAGUCGAAUCUGGCUGCCUCCUCCCAAUGCCGGUCCUUCUCUCAGACCUCCCAGCAAUGGGCCGGUGGCCGCGCAGUGAACUUCCGUCCUCCAAGUGUCGCGCAGCCCUCAUUCAAGACCAGGACAAAGGACAUGAAAUUGACUGAUUUGCCAAAUGACAUUGGACUGCUACCGGGUACUUUCGUUCGUCCCUUGUGGAGGGAUAUGCCUUCCAUCUUCCAGGCACCUCGCGACAGACUCCACAUGGAAUGGACGUGGAUGAAGUCCUUCUUCAGCAACUACACCAGUCUGCUCCAAUACUGCAAACGCGAAAACAACCUCCCACUUCUCCUCCGGGACCGCCGACGCUACGCCUCCAAGCUGCAAGAAGUCAUGUACUCAGCAUUCGCCGAAGGCAACAUCCCCGAGAUCAAGCGAAUCACUUGCGACAACCUCGGCCGCAAACUUAUCCGACAAAUUGAAGGCCGCGCCAAGGGCGAGAAAGUUACCUGGAAGCUCGUGAAAUACCUCCGAAGGCCCAGCACUACUUUCACCGGUCUUCGUGUCGUCUCGGACCGCGCAACAUCCAUUCCCGAGAUCCCGAAAUCCGGCAUCCGCCAAAUCGUCGUGCGCAUCACAAGCCGCCAAUCCACCACAACGACCCAAACACAGACUAAUGGGUCCAACACUGAGGUCAUUCCUAUCUCCUCCAAGGAACAGGACAUUACCGAGUACAUCGUUGUUCAGAACCUCCGCUGGAACGAUAAGGAUCACGGCUGGAGAGUCUGGGGUACCACUAACCCUACCACCCUGCACGCCACCCAGACCGACCCUUACUUCAUGCCUGGCCUCUCAGCCAUGGAGCGUAUGGAGAUGAUCAAGGAUUCGAUGAACAAGAAAUAA